AUGCCUGCACCGAGAAAAGUUAGUGGAAGGCAAAUGGAAUUGCUGGUGGACUUUGCGGAAAGGAACCCCAAUAUAGCAUUGGGAAUAAUAGGCACCGUAGCUGUAGAAGGAUUGCCUGGUGUACGCAUUCAUGUAUCGGUCCCACCUAUCUCUUCUCAAAGCACAUUCAUACAAUCGACGUCAACUCCGGAGCCGGCAGAUAUGCAUAUAGAAUGGCUAGAAGAAGAUAUAGAGGAUAAUGAAACUCAGUCACAAUCUGAAACAUCUAAGGACGGAGAAUUUGUACUUCACCAACUCACCACCAAUGUUGUACCAACCAGCGAACCACCACCGACCACAUACAACAACUCUACCACAACGACGAAGUAUCAAAUUUUCUACUUCAUUUAUUAA